AUUUAAAAAAAAUUUAAAGACUGAAUUCGACCUGCUGCAUAUAUAUUAAGUCUGUAUUCAGUGCCAUCUAGGGAGGAAGUCAAGAGCAAAAGGGGCGGACCAUCCUGUAUGAUCCUGUAGCUCUCUCCUGUCACUUUCAGCUGAGAGCUAACAGAACAAACUUUGAACCCUGACAAACCUUCUGCAGACCUCGGAGGACUGCAGAUAUCAAGUUUGAAUCCGAUUUUGGGCUAUUGUAGAAGGCAUGCUGUUUCUGAUGUGAGACUUAAAGAGGCUUGAUCUCAGCCCCACCGCCGUUAGUGUCCCGUACCCACAAGAUGCCCCCGAUGAGGGAGGCCUCUGACCAGCAGCAGGCAGCAGCGGUCCCGUGCAGAAAUUGCAGAACCACCACCCACGAGCACCAAGCGAGAAUUCUGCAGAACCUGAACAAGCUGCGGCAGAACUCUGCAUUCUGCGACGUCGAGGUUUCCGCCGGAGAUGGAAUCACAAUCAAGGCCCACAGGGUCGUCCUGUCAGCCAGCACGCCUUACUUUGAAGCCAUGUUCAGCAGAGGCCUUAUCGAAGAACGCCAACCUCAUAUUGUUCUCCAUUCAAUCAACGGAUACAUCUUGAAAAUCCUCAUCGACUUUAUUUACACUGGUGAUGUUCGAAUUACCAGAGACAACGUUCAGGACGUGAUGGCUGCGGCCGACAUGAUCCAGCUGAAGGACGUAGUCACUGUGUGCACACAGUUCAUGAAGUCGGAACUUGAUCCCACGAACGCCGUCGGCAUUUACAGAUUUUCAGAAGUGCACAACUGCAGAGAACUGAUUGCAGCAUCGACCAAAUAUGUCCAGGACCACUUCCCGCUCGUCUGUUGCGAGGAAGAAUUUCUUGAGCUUCCAAAAGAGCAGCUCUGCUUUUUCCUUUCUAGUGAAUUUCUCAAAGUAGACAGCGAAUUCCAAGUGUUUGAAGCUGCAAUGCGGUGGUUUAGCCAUGACGUGAUACAAAGGCGGCGCUAUGUCUUUGAAAUCCUGAAGCCUAUCCGCCUGCCACUGUUGCCGUCGUCGUUGCUUGAGAGGGCAAUUGCAGAGUGUGUAGACGUCAGUUUAAAAGUGGCCUUGAAGAGCGUCCGGAACGACCUGGUCUCAAAACGGGGCAGUCUGGUUCCGCUCAGCGUUUCACCGCGCAUUGCUGCCAAAAAGGACAUCUAUGUCAUAGGCGGCUCCAAGAGAGAAAUAAUCAGCACAUGGACAAGGUCAGAGUGCACUUAUACUUCAAUAGAGUGCUUUGACACUUUCAGACAACAUUGGUGUCCUCGGAAAUCCAGCAUGGCAAUCGGUUGGAUUCAGCCAGGAGUUGUUGCUCUUGACGGCCUCAUCUAUGUUGUUGGUGGCGAGCAAGACUCGCAAAUUUUGGCCAAUGGGGAGGUUUACAACCCUAGAGAUGACACCUGGGCAAGUGUUGCCAGCAUGGUUGUCCCAAGAUGCGAGUUUGGCCUUUGUGCACUGCACGGUUACCUGUACGCAAUUGGUGGCUGGGUAGGUGAAGACAUCGGAGGUAGCAUAGAACGGUACGACCCUCUGGAAAACAUAUGGACAUUGGACGGCUCGCUUCCAGCGCCUAGAUUCAGCAUGGGUGUUGUUGCGUAUCAAGGACUAAUUUACAUAGUCGGCGGAUGUCUGCACAACAAGCGCCAUUUGACAGACCUCAUCAGUUACAACCCUGUGGCAAACGAGUGGGUCACGUUGGCGCCGAUGCUUGUUCCGCGCAGCCAGAUGGGUGUUGCUGUGAUGGACAAUUUUCUUUAUGUGGUUGGAGGCAUCAACCGACAGCACGAAGUGUUGCAGUCGGUUGAAAGAUACAAUUUCCUAGAGGACAAAUGGAUUGAAGUUCCUUCUCUGAAACGAGGUCGUGCCAGUCCUGCUGUGGCGGCUGCCGAUGGCCUGCUUUAUGUCAUGGGUGGUGACCACUCGCACGAAGUCAACUUCUAUCGCGCCCGCAUCACCAUGACCAGCGUCGAGUGCUUCAACCCCUUGACUAACACUUGGUCUGACCGACCACCCCUUCCCGAGAGCCGAAGUGAGGCAGGCGCGGUUGUUGUAUAGUUUUAACAUUUAAUCCCAAAAGACGGAACAAAACGCCAAUUAUCUUCGUUGAUUACUUGACUAUCAAAUCUGUGGGACGGGAAUGAAACAACUCAUAUCACGCAGACGUAUUCAGAAAAUUAGACUUGAUUUUCCACUUUUAGUCUUAAAUCCACAAGCAAUUUAAUUUUCUUUGGUUUUGAAAGUGGCAUAAGGAAUUAAAGAGAAGAGGUAAGUGUAAUAAUUACAUCGCUGUGAAGUAGAGAAAUCUCGCAAGCUUUUAAAGCUCAUGACCAUUGGUUUUAGUCACUAAAGGUUUUAAUUUUACAAAAGUCAUUGUUAUUACUCGAAAUUGUAGUUCAUAAAA